AGUAUUUCCGCUCCACCUCUUCUCUCUGCCUCUCUCACCUCCUCUGUUUUUGUUUCUCUCUCCAGCUCCACCAACCUCCGAUCUUCGCCAUUGCAAAGCCAUCUACAGCUGCAGAACGCCAUUUCUUCAUCUGGAGUUUAUGUUUGCAUUUGUUACUUUACUUUAGACCUUGGUUUUCUGCAAAAUCUACACGAAAGGUUGGUUAGAUGUGUGUUAUAUUUGUAAUUGUUGAAUGCAGAUUAUCUGGAUUCUCUUCGGCUUCUUGAGUUGAUUUCGGUAGAUUUUUUUUCCUGGGUAUAUUCGUUUUUGAUUUUUAUUCUUCGUUUGGAUUGAACUCUGAAAUAUUCAAGAAUCGGUUUGUGGUGAUGAAGAAUAUAUUCUGGCAUUGGCCAUGUAGGAGUUUCGAUGGGAACAAAAGAAUUUUAUUGUCAGGAUCUGGGUUCUGUAGAUUUUUUUUUUUAAAUCUUUGAUCGAUAAUGGGAUUAUAAUGCUUCUGAAGUUUAUUUGAUUCGCAGUGUUCUGCACCCUUGUUGGUUCCAACUGAGUUGGUUUAGUAAUGACGAUGACUGGAUACUUCUGGGUUCACAAUUUAUGGAUUUAAGAAGUUUUGUCGCCGGAUUUGUUCUCGAGGAACUAUACUUCGAUAAUUUUUAUAGGGCACCUGACUGAUGCCAUUGUUUUCCGGUACACGGUUGUUUAAGAUGACCGCUGCUUUAAACCGGAGUAUGUCGGAUCGUUCGACGCGGAGGACCUUGAGUUUUAGCAGCGCGCGAGUUGGCGUUCACCGUAAGAGCUGGGUCUCGCGGUCAUUCUGUGUGCUUACUGUUAUUGGCUCGUUGGUUUCCUUCCUUUUAGCAAUAGGUUGUGCGUAUCUAUAUGUUUUGCCCAGUAUCAGCCAGGCAUUUCUUGGGUUUGGGGUUUCCCAAUCCAACACUUCGACUGAGACUUGCAAUGUUUUUGAAGGAAGCUGGGUCCCGGAUUAUAGUUAUCCACUGUAUAAUAGCUCAGAGUGCCCUUUUGCAGAAAGAGGAUUUAAUUGCUUGGCUAAUGGGAGAAAGGAUAUGGAAUAUCUUAAAUGGAGGUGGAAGCCCAAAAGCUGUGAUAUCCAAAGGUUUAAUGUGCAUAUAAUUUUGGAAAGGCUGAGGGGGAAACGUGUCGUUUUGGUUGGUGAUUCCAUGAGUAGAACACAAUGGGAAUCCUUGAUCUGUUUACUGAUGACUGGUGUGGAGGAUAAGAAGAGCGUUUAUGAAAUCAAUGGGAACAAAAUCACAAAGCAAAUUAGAUUUUUAGGUGUGCGGUUCAGUUCAUAUAAUUUCACUGUUGAGUUUUUCCGUUCAGUUUUCCUAGUGCAGAGUGGCUGGGUUCCUAAACAUGCACCAAAGAGGGUUAAGUCAACACUAAGGCUGGACAAGCUGGAUGAUAUCAGUGAGAAAUGGAUCAAUUCAGAUGUUUUGAUUUUUAAUACAGGGCAAUGGUGGAACCCUGGGAAGCUUUUUGAAACUGACCAGAGCCAUAGAUUUUGCAAGGUGACUGACCACCCCAUGUUGGAAACCGGAGGAAAAGACCAAAGUCCAUUUUCAGACAUCAUAAUAGAGGUAGUUAAGAAUAUGACAGUUCCUGUAACUGUUCUGCAUGUAACAUCCAUGGGGGCCUUCCGAAGUGAUGCACAUGUGGGUACUUGGAGUGAGACUCCUUCAGUCUCUGAUUGUAGCCACUGGUGUCUUCCUGGAGUCCCUGAUGUGUGGAAUGAGAUUGUCUUCUCAUACCUGUUUGCAGAGAAUGGGCUUUCUUUUCAAUGAACUGAGGCCUAAUCUAAAAAGCAGAAUACCAAGAAGACCCUUUUGAAGCUAAGCAGACUGUAACUGAAAAGUUUUUGGUGAUUAAAUUCUUUUUGAAAUUCUUUUGUAUGUGAAGAGGUGUCAAAUUGAGUCUCUAACAUGCAGUGAUUCUUUUUUCCCUCUUUCCUGAUAACUGAUCAAGACAUGAACUAUGGAAAUUGUGAUUGUAUCAAUCUGAAUUAAAGGGAAGAGAAGGGAACUUAGCUUGUGGCCAUGUACUUGAUAUUGCCUAGCAUCCUUGUGUACAGAUUUUCUUUGAAGCAGGAUAAUGGAAAUUCAUCUCAGAUGGUGAGCAGUUUUUUUCUU